ACCCCCCCGACCCCCCCACCAAGGUGAAGGUGAACCUGGUGACGAAGAGCACCGUCACCCUGACCUGGGAGGCUCCCAAGAACAAUGGCGGCUCUCCGGUGAAGCACUACGUGAUCGAGCGUCUGAGCUGGGACACCAGCGGCAAGGAGAAGGAGACGUGGAAGCAGUGCAACAAGAGGGACGUGGAGGAGCUCACCUUCGUGGUGGAGGACCUGAAGGAGGGAAUAGAGUACGAGUUCAGGGUUAAAGCCGUGAACGCAGCCGGACCCAGCAGAGCUUCGGCCACCGCCGGACCCCUGGUCAUCAAGGACCAGACAU